AUGACACCAGAGGCACAGGGCCAAGAUGGAGGCGAAAAUGGUGACACAGAUGGUGAUGGAAGUGGUGACACAGGUAGUGAUGGAGAUAAUGGCACAAAUGGUGAUGGUGGUGGUGGAGGCGGUGGCUCAAACGGAGGUGGUACAGGUGGUGACCAAAAUGGCGGUGGAGGAGGUGAUGGCAAUCAGAACGUUCCACCAAAAACAACCACUUCAGCAUCUAACAUCAUUACUCCUUAUCACGCUGUUUUGGCUCUUUCCUUCCUAUUUUCCUUGAUUUUGAAAAUCUAA